AUGCCUUGUGACGAUGUCGAGCAAAAACGUUUCCUUGUUUCAGACUUUUGUCGCGUCUGUCGCUGUGAAGGCACCCCUUCGCAGCCUCUCUUUUAUCCCUGCUUGUGCACCGGAAGCAUAAAAUACGUCCACCAAGAAUGUCUGGUCCAGUGGCUUCAAUACAGCAAACGUCAGACCUGUGAGCUCUGCAGUCACCGCUUCACUUUUAAACCCGUCUACGCCCCCCACACUCCUUCCGUGGUCCCUCUCGGAGUCCUCUUUUUCGGAUUGCUAACGGCCCUUCGCAAUGUGGUGAUCCGAUUUGUGCACUUUUUGGCCGUGAUAAUCUCCUGGCUGUUCGUAGUCCCCCUGACAGUGUGUCGCAUAUACCGAUGCUUCUUUUCAGGCAGUCUUGCGUCACUACUAUCGCUACCCUUGGACAUACUCUCCACGGAGCGCGUCAUUCAGGAUUGUAUACAAGGUUUCCUCAUAGUUUUGAUUGCUCUGGCUGCCUUUCUUGGUUACGUGUGGCUAAGGGAACAGCUAACCAUAGGGGGUGAGCCUGAUUGGCUAACUGAGGGAGAAGGGACUGCAGACGAAGAGGGACAAGGCGAAGGAACGGUCCCGAACCUUGUUGCCGUGGCUGCUGCUGCCGCUCCUGUUGACAACGAGACCGACAAUAACCAGCCUCAAGAGAAUCCCGCUCAAGUGGCCGCUGAGGUGGCGCCUGCCCCACCCGAACAGCCGGCCAAUCAUCAGGCGGUGGCACCGGCCGUGCCGCAAGCGGGCAACAAUGAGGGCGAGUUCGACGCCGGCGCUGGGGCGCCAGACGCCGGACCUCCACUGACACUUGAGCGCAUUUUCGGACUUGAUGGGACCAUGACGUUUUUGGAGCAUGUUCUUUGGAUUAUUGUCCUCAAUGUCUUCUUUAUCCUCAUAUUUGGUGAGUCUUUUGGUCCUACGUCAAUGAAAGAAUUUGACAUUAUUGUCAGCCGCACCCAACCAAUUUUUUGCAGGGCGUUGUGUCAGCACAACCCACAGUCGCCUUACAUUCUCACUCCUCCGAUUGAAGGGAUCUUAUUUUCGUUUGUCGGCUACGUUGCCAUGGCCGCCCUUCUCAUGAUUUUACAUUAUUUAUUCAAAGCACUUGCCAUGCCCAGUACUUCAAGACACCGUUUCCAUAUUUGUAACCUUAAACUUCUUUUGUUUAGAUCCGCUUCGUAUUAUGCUGGUCUAUUUUACAUCUACAUAAAAGUAUCAAUAAUCGCCUUUGUGGAGUUGGGUAUCUUCACCGCCUUCUGUGGUUUGUGGAUUGAUGCCUGCUCUUUGGGUAUGUUCAACUCAUCGGUGACACAACGUGUUCGUGCUUUCAACUAUGCUCCCCUGGUGUUCACCUUUAUUCAUUGGACUAUGGGUCUGAUGUACCUUUUCUACGUUUCGUCCGUCUUUCUCAUCAUCCGAGAUGUCAUUCGCCCCGGCGUCCUCUGGUUCCUCCCGGAUUUCACCGAUCCUGAAUACAAACCCAUCCAAGAGAUGAUUUCGGUGCCAGUGACAGCUUACAUACAGCGUCUCGUUGUGAACUGUUCGUUGACUGGAAUAACUGUGAUACUCUCUCUCUGGUUGCCCACCCUGAUCACCCAAAAGCUGUUUCCUGGAUUUCUGCCGUUCCAAAUGAGCAUUGCCUAUGAUAGCCCCGUGGAUUAUUCAGUGGAGAUAAUUCUCCUGCAAAUAGUGAUGCCCUUCAUCCUAGAUGGACAAAUAAAGGUUUUUCUCUCAGUUAUGCUUCGUAAGUGGUGUGUUGCUGCCUCAUGGAUACUGGGUCUUCGCAGCUACCUCCUAGGCGACGUCGCUUUCGCACCUGGGGAUGACAUCGUGAUGCCUGACGGCCGUCGAAUCCCCGCAGCAUCCACCGCCCCGCCGAAUGAGGAAGGGGCCAGCCCCGAAACGGAACCAGAAAGCGAGCCCUUUACCCCUCCCACCGGCAACGCCGGUUUCGCACCCUACUCUCGCCCACGUUUCUUCGCUUUGCGUAUAAUCGGCCUAUUAUCGUUGCUUGUCGUUUCCUUAGUCGCUGUUAGCCUAGGUGUCCUCGUGAUUCCUGUGGCCCUCGGACGCCACCUGCUGAAAUCUUUUGGACUCAAUCAGACGCCACACCACGACGCCUUAACACUGCUAUUCGGGGUGUGUUCACUCGUUGGGUGGGUGAAGGUCAUCCUGUGUCUACCCAUGGUCAUACAAACAUUGCGCAAUGCCUGGCACAUUAUUGUCGAUAGAGUAUCUAAUUUGACGCGUUGGGAGGGUUGGCGCUGGCUGCUGGAAUGGUCAGUGGCUCUGGGCUAUUGGCUGCGUGGCAACUCGUUCACCCCGCGUUGGGCCCGUCGAGAAGCCCUCGCUGUGAUGCUGCCUCCGCUUACUCACUCGGCCUCCAAUGCAAGUGCAACUGACGAAAUGCACCGGCAGCGAAUGCUGCGUGACCUUCUGAUGACUUUAACUGUGCCCCUGAGGCUAACCCUCCUCUCACUCGUGCUUGUGGUCCUACUGCCCGCUUGUCUUGGGCUCCUUAUCAACCUGGUCAUUUUUAUCCCUGCUUGGGUGAAACCGGAGAAGUCCCUAGCCAUUGGCUUUUCUGAGAAUUGGAUUUUUGGUGUGAUGCACCUAAAAGUUUGGAUGCUCAUUCUUUUGGUUGGACCACGUUGGCGAGUGAGGGACCGCCUAGAGGAGAUUCAUGAUGAGGUCCUCCACAACUGGCCGGCUGUCCGCGCCCUACGCAUUCUUCGCUUUUCGGCGCCCAUUUUUGUGGCGAUUGGACUCUCUAUCUCCUUCCCUUUCCUUCUCGCUCACUAUCUCGGUCCAGCUCUUCACGUCGAUCCAGAAGUUGCUUUCCGUUACGUGUACCCGUUUAUUUUUGGAUUGAUAGUGUUUGGUGGUUUGAUCUACCUCCAAACACGACAGUGUAUCAACCUCUACGAACAAAUAAAGGAUGCCGAGUACCUGAUUGGUCGUCGACUUGUGAACUACGGAGAUACCAGCGACGGAAAAUCCUCAGUCGAAAUAGGCACUCAGACUGAAUCUGCGCCAAGCACGGAGUGCACGGUUCUUGCCACUCGACAUUAA